AUGAUCUCAAGCCAUCUCAAGCCACUGCCCAGGCUGGGAGGUGCUCAGAUCAUCGCGUUCGCGGGCCUCAUUGAGACGACAGGCUUCUUCCAGGCCGCCUCCACCACCGACGGCCGAGGACCUCGGGAGGGCCAGUUCGCCAUGAAGGCAGCCGCUGCGGCCAAGGGCGCCACGGCCACCACGUCGGCUGUUGCUGGCACUGCCGGCGCUGGCUCGCUGUCCAAGGGCGAGGGUGUGGCCGGAAAGAAGGGCCCCAGCCCCUCCUUCGACCCAUCCACGCAAAUUGGGGCCAUGGCUCCUCUCGGAUUUUUUGAUCCGGCCGGCUUUAGCAAGAAGGGUGACGAGGAUGGCUUCCGCACGCUCCGGGCUGCGGAGAUCAAGCACGGCCGCGUGGCCAUGAUGGCAGCACUGGGUGCCGUG